CUCACGGCCUUGAUAUCCAUAAGCGUCUCUCCACUUUCAAAACUUAUUAUAAAGAGAUGUCUUGCUUGAGGAAGAGAGAUGGAUUGGAGAACUGGUCUUUUUUCCGCCUUAGAUCAUUUUCCCUUUGACAGACCGAAUAUUUGAUCUUUAGCUAAAUCCACUGACGUUUGAGGCCGCCUCCAUCGCUCCGUAGCGCCCGAGAAAGAAAGAAGACUUCCAGGGAAGAACUCAUGGCGGAAUUUCCAAAACCAGGUUUUGGAGAAGUGAAAUCGAGCGCUCCAGCGAUGAGUUUCGCCUAUCAAGAAGGCGAUGGGAGCAAGGCGGAGGCGUCCGACGGCUUCGUCGCCAUCGAUAUCGGAGCCCUCUCGGCUCUCUCCGCCAACAACGAUAAGGACUCCACUUCCAGCCCACGAGUCUCCAUGGUGAAAAGCCUUUCGCGAAAAGGAUCCCAGAGAAGCGGUGGAGGCUUAGAGCGAAAGGCGGCGGAGGGAGAGACCGCCAACUCGUUUCCUGGUGGGCCCGGUGGGGGUGAGAAACCCGCAGCUUGGGUGCACGUGGCGGGUGAGAGGGAGGCCUCCGGAUUGCAAUCGGCGGCGACCCCAACGGCGGCUGGAGGGAGGAGCAGGAGACUCGGGAGGCGGCAGACCCCGUGGCUUGACCCGAGGAGGGUUCUAGUCUUCUUCGCCAGCUUGUCCAGCAUGGGAACGCUGAUACUGCUGUACUUCACACUCUCUAUGGGCAAGUUGGCCGGCAGUGACUCCAACGCCCGGUGAUGUGACCUCCACCGCUCCACGCUGUGUUCCACCUACUGCUCAACAAAAAUAUUUUCUUCAGCAUGCUUGGAAUUUUGCCAUCCCACUCCACAGAUACGAUGGAGUUCAAAAGGAGAUAUGGAAUAUACGAAAUGAACCCAAAGGUGGAGACAAAGUAGAAGACUGACAGUGGGGGAAAAAAAAGUAGUAUACUUUGGCGAGAGUAUUAGAAAGAGACGCAGCAUGAGAAAGAGAUGGGUAGGAGGAAAGGAGAUGGAGAGAUGGAAAUGUCUUACAGUAUGUUGUUGAUAGUACUUUUUUUUUUUUUUUUGUGCCUGUCCCGACCGAGUUGCAUGGUUCAUCAGUUUCUUCCUUUCUUCGGUUUAUAGUGGACUGGCUUGAUGCAACUUCUCCACUUCUUCCUUCCUUUUUGUUUUGAAUAAUCUUGGGAGUACUUGGCGUGGGUGGCAUGUCAUAAGUGGGCUUUGUUUAUUUGGGGCCAUAGUGACCUCUGCGCCUGCUUGCUUGAAAGGCUAGUGGCUUUUGAGGCAAAGCCAAGAGGAAUAAAUAACUAAGAUUAAUGAAAAGCAAAUUUCUUUGUACAGUA